UCACGUUACUGACUCUCUCUCCAGCACUUCACCCAGGAGAAGCAAUAGAAUGGUGUGUGUGUUUGCUGAGGAGACAUGACAAGAUUGUGUCGUUGCGACUGCUGAGGAGAGAGAAGAUUGUGUCGUUGUGACUGCUGAGGAGACAUGAGAAGAUUGUGUUGUUGCAACUUCUGAGAAGAGACAAGAUUGUGUCGUUGCGACUGCUGAGGAGAUUAGAUUGUGUCAUUGCGACUGCUGAGGAGACCUGAGAAGAUCGUGUCGUUGCGACUGCUGAGGAGAGAGAAGAUUGUGUCGUUGCGACUGCUGAGGAGACAUGAGAAGAUUGUGUUGUUGCAACUGCUGAGAAGAGACACGAUUGUGUUGUUACGACUGCUGAGGAGACAAGAUUGUGUCGUUGCGACUGCUGAGGAGAGAGGAGAUUGUGUCGUUGCGACUGCUGAGGAGAGAGGAGAAGAUUGUGUUCUUGCGACUGCUGAGGAGAAGAUUGUGUUGUUGCGACUGCUGAGGAGACAUGAGAAGCUUGUGUUGUUGCGACUGCUGAGGAGACAAGAUUGUGUCGUUGCGACUGCUGAGGAGACAUGAGAAGAUUGUGUCGUUGCGACUGCUGAGGAGACAAGAUUGUGUCGUUGCGACUGCUGAGGAGACAUGAGAAGAUUGUGUCGUUGCACUGGAGUCUCAAUAUGCCCUCCUAGUGCCGGAGUCACAGCUACAGAGCCAAUGCGGGCAACCUUCAGCCAGGCUCCCAGCCCCCGAGCUCUCAAUUGGGACAUUGUAUCCGGGAGACGGCCCUGAUUCCUCCCCCUCGCCCCGUGUGUUUAUGUGGAUGGAAGGGGCCGGCCGGCUGGGCCAGGAUCAGGCAGGUGCUGGAAUCUUUAUGGAGAAGAGCGGAUGCAGUCCUUUCCCAAUCUGCUGGACCAGAGAAUAUGACAGACACCUAGCAUCAGGCAAGGCUAUGGCUGCGGCUUACCUGGACCCAAACCUAAACCACAAUCCGAGCACAAACGCCAAGUCUCGCCUAAGCACCGGCAUGGAGCGCUCUCCCGGAGCCAUCGAAAGGGUCUUAAGAGUCUUCCACUACUUUGAAAGCAACAAUGAACCAGCAACAUGGUCCAGCAAUAUCCGGCACGGGGAUGCGACAGACGUGAGGGGAAUCAUCCAGAAGAUUGUAGACAGUCACAAAGUAAAGAAUGUGGCUUCCUACGGGUUACGGCUCAGUCACUUGCACUCGGAGGAGGUUCACUGGUUGCACCCGGACAUCGGGGUGUCCCAUAUUAGAGAGAAAUACGAACAGUCCCAUCCACCAGAAGAAUGGAAGUACGAGCUUAGAAUUCGAUAUUUGCCUAAAGGAUUUGUAAACCAGUUCACAGAAGACAAACCAACGCUGAAUUUCUUUUAUCAGCAGGUAAAAAAUGAUUAUAUGUCCGAAAUAGCAGACCAAGUGGACCAAGAGAUUGCUUUGAAAUUGGGCUGUUUGGAAAUUAGGAGAUCCUACGGGGAGAUGAGAGGCAAUGCCCUGGAAAAGAAAUCCAACUAUGAAGUUUUAGAGAAAGACGUGGGACUGAAGAGGUUUUUUCCAAAGAGUUUACUGGAUUCAGUCAAGGCAAAAACCCUAAGAAAGCUGAUUCAACAGACAUUUCGUCAGUUUGCCAAUUUGAACAGAGAAGAAAGUAUUUUGAAGUUCUUCGAAAUCCUCUCUCCAGUGUACAGAUAUGACAAGGAAUGCUUCAAGUGCGCCCUCGGAUCUAGUUGGAUUAUAUCAGUGGAGUUGGCUAUUGGCCCAGAAGAAGGGAUUAGUUACCUCACAGACAAGGGCUCUAAUCCCACCCAUCUGGCAGACUUUACUCAGGUCCAAACGAUUCAGUAUUCCAGCAGUGAAGACAAGGACAGAAAGGGGAUGUUACAGCUGAAAAUUGCUGGCGCCCCAGAGCCUCUGACUGUGACAGCCCCGUCCCUCACCAUCGCUGAGAACAUGGCGGACUUGAUAGAUGGAUACUGUCGCCUCGUCAGUGGAGCCUCAGAAUCUUUUAUCAUCAGGCCACAAAAAGAAGGCGAGAGAGCUCUGCCAUCUAUACCAAAGCUGGCCAACAACGAGAAGCAUGGGGUACGGCCGCACGCAGUCUCUGUGUCAGAUGAAUUUAGUGGGGACGAGACCGACGACUAUGCAGAGAUUAUAGAUGAAGAGGACACCUACACUAUGCCUUCCACAGCAGUUCUGUCUUACUUUAUGGCAGGAAUUCUAGAGAGCUAUGGAUUAGACGAAGCCGGCGAUUACGAGAUCCAGAGAGAUCGCAUUGAGCUGGGCCGCUGCAUCGGGGAAGGGCAGUUUGGGGAUGUUCACCAAGGGGUUUACAUGAGUCCGGAGAACCCGGCCAUGGCUGUCGCAAUCAAAACAUGUAAGAACUGCACAUCAGACAGUGUGAGAGAGAAGUUCUUACAAGAGGCCUUAACCAUGCGCCAGUUUGACCACCCGCACAUUGUAAAGUUAAUUGGAGUCAUUACAGAGAACCCAGUCUGGAUUAUCAUGGAGCUGUGCACCCUGGGAGAGCUGAGAUCAUUUUUACAAGUCAGAAAAUACAGCCUGGAUCUGGCGUCCUUGAUCCUCUACUCUUACCAGCUCAGCACGGCACUCGCCUACUUGGAAAGUAAAAGAUUUGUACAUAGGGAUAUUGCUGCUAGAAAUGUACUGGUCUCAUCCUCAGACUGUGUAAAAUUAGGAGACUUUGGCCUCUCCAGAUAUAUGGAGGACAGUACUUAUUAUAAAGCUUCCAAAGGUAAAUUGCCCAUUAAGUGGAUGGCACCGGAGUCCAUUAACUUUAGACGUUUUACCUCUGCCAGUGACGUGUGGAUGUUUGGUGUGUGCAUGUGGGAAAUAUUAAUGUAUGGAGUUAAGCCUUUCCAAGGGGUAAAGAACAACGAUGUGAUUGGUCGAAUUGAGAAUGGCGAGCGCUUGCCGAUGCCCCCCAACUGCCCGCCUACUCUGUACAGCCUUAUGACUAAGUGCUGGGCCUACGACCCCAGCAGGAGACCGCGGUUUACUGAACUCAAAGCACAACUCAGUACUAUACUGGAAGAGGAGAAGUUGCAGCAGGAGGAGCGGAUGAGGAUGGAAUCCCGCCGGCAGGUGACCGUGUCCUGGGAUUCAGGAGGAUCUGAUGAGGCCCCCCCAAAGCCCAGCAGACCUGGUUACCCCAGCCCAAGGUCCAGCGAAGGAUUUUUCCCCAGUCCUCAACAUAUGAUGCAGCCCAAUCACUACCAGGUUUCUGGUUUUUCCGUUGCCCAUGGGAUUCCCUCCAUGUCAGGAAACAUGUAUCCAGGUCAGGCAUCCGUUCUAGAUCACAUGGAUUCCUGGAACCAUCGGACACCUGAUAUAAACAUGUGGCAGCCCAGUAUGGAGGAUUCUGGGCCCAUGGACAUGAGGAGUUUGGCCCAGGUUCUACCGACCCAUUUAAUGGAGGAAAGACUAAUAAGGCAGCAGCAAGAAAUGGAAGAAGAUCAGCGCUGGCUGGAAAAGGAGGAGAGAUUUUUGAAGCCAGACGUGCGGCUCUCCAGGGGAAGCGUUGACCACGUAGAUGGAAACAUUCAGUGCCCGGCUGGUAACCAGCACAUCUACCAACCUGUUGGAAAGCCAGAUCACGUGGCUCCACCAAAGAAACCACCGCGCCCUGGGGCCCCCAGCCACCUGGGGAACCUGCCUGCACACAACAGUCCAGUGGACGGCUACAAUGAAGGUGUAAAGCCAUGGCGGAUUCAACCCCAGGAAAUCAGCCCCCCGCCAACCGCCAACCUGGACCGAACCAACGACAAAGUCUACGAAAAUGUGACAGGUCUGGUUAAAGCUGUGAUAGAAAUGUCCAGCAGGAUCCAGCCGGCUCCCCCCGAGGAAUAUGUUCCCAUGGUCAAGGGGGUGGGCCUGGCGCUGCGGACAUUAUUGGCCACUGUAGAUGAAACCAUUCCUGUUCUUCCAGCCAGUACACACAGAGAGAUUGAGAUGGCGCAGAAGCUGCUGAAUUCAGACCUGGCCGAGCUGAUCAAUAAGAUGAAGUUGGCGCAGCAGUACGUCAUGACCAGUUUGCAGCAGGAAUACAAGAAGCAGAUGCUGACGGCCGCACACGCUUUAGCUGUCGACGCCAAGAACUUGCUGGAUGUUAUAGACCAGGCCCGACUCAAAAUCAUCAGCCACUCGCGGCCGCAUUAAACCCCUGUCCUGUUUGUGUCGACACAAGUUUCCCUUUGGGGUGACAUCAAGCCUUCCACCAGCAAUCCUCUGCUUCUCCAGCGGGGCCCGGGGCCACAACUUGCAGUUUCACUUUUUUUAUCAUUAUUAUUAUUAUUAUAAUUAUGGCUGAAAUUCUGGGACUGACUGACUUAGUGACAACAUCCCCAUAGCAACUGAGAAAAUGUCCGGCCGAGUGGGGUGGGACGAGGCAAAUCAGACAGAACGGCACCGUGAUUUACGGUAACCCAGGAAACGCAGGAAAUGGCAGCGCCCGACUGAUACUCGACUGGAUCCUUUUUUCUACCAGUCGCCGGAUUUACACAGAGACAAAACAGCGGCCUCUACUCUCCCGCCAGAGACGCUAAUCAGUGAUUCGUUAUUGAACCUUUUACCUUUUUAUUUCACUUUCGUGCGGAUGGACAAAUGCAUUUCAUUGGACACGAGAAACCGCUAAUUCUUUUUUUUAUUUUUACCCAAAUAAAAUUUUUUUUUUGUAAAUGUGAUGUAAGCGCCGCUUAAAGUCACAACCUCCGCGUCUGCGCAGUAAUUUCCUAAGCCAUUAACUGUUUUUAAUUAAUUUAUAAAGAAGUCUCACGUUCAUGACUAACGUUUUUACUCACUUAGUUCCCCCGUGCCUAUUGGCCGCCGCUCCGACGAGGCAUUUCCACUUCCUUUCCCUGUAUUUUUUAUCUGCAUUGUUAUUAUCCAAAUAAAUUAUCAGAUCUUUUUGUUCUCUGCUCAACAUGAACCCCCUGUUGGUUUGCCAGGGGCACUAUAAAUUAUUCUCAGGAAGAAUAGAAUGGACUUGUACAUAAACUUUACCUAUUAAAGAGGUGUGUGACCUGCAACAUGA